UGGCUUGCGUCUUGUCAUAUGGCCUUACGAAAUUACGUCGAAGAAUAAUAUAUGUUAUGUUAUUUUUACCCUGCAUAAAGCUAUAGCAAAGCGGUGGCGAAAGGGUUAAAAUUAAAUGAGCAGGUCAUGCCUUUGAAAACAUCUCCUUUGUGAAGAGUGUUUAAGGAACUCCGACACAUGUCGUCGAGCUUUUAGGGGAGGGCACCUAGCUACAUUCAGCUGUCUUUCAGCCUGCUGCAUAAUUAAUUUAACCCUCGUGUGUACAUCCAAAAAAGAUGGCGACCCUUACAGCGUUUUGCAGAGCCGAGGGUUUAAUCUUCAAAAACCUCGCAGGUCAUCGAAGAGCCAGAGUAAACUUCGCUGGCCACCGCCUCCUAAAGACUUGUGGUUGCUAUUUUUCCACAUCCAGUCCGAGAAGUUCGCAGUUUUACUCAGAUCCAAUAGAGGCAGUGAAGGAUAUUCCUAAUGGUGCUACUAUUCUGGUUGGAGGCUUUGGGUUGUGUGGGAUUCCAGAGAAUCUAAUCAACAGUUUGCUGAAGACGGGCGUAAAGGGCAUCACUGCAGUCAGUAAUAAUGCAGGAGUGGAUAACUUUGGCCUGGGCCUCUUGCUGCAGACCAAGCAGAUCAAAAGGAUGAUUUCCUCCUACGUAGGAGAGAACGCUGAGUUUGAGAGACAGUAUUUGUCAGGAGAGCUGGAAGUGGAGCUAACUCCACAGGGGACUCUUGCUGAGAGGAUCAGGGCAGGAGGUGCUGGGGUUCCAGCCUUCUUUACUCCCACUGGCUAUGGCACUCUGAUCCAAGAGGGAGGCUCUCCUAUUAAGUACAACAAAGAUGGCAGCAUUGCUAUUCCUAGCGAGGAGCGAGAGGUGCGGGAGUUUAAUGGCAGGCACUACAUUAUGGAAAAAGCCAUCACUGGGGAUUUUGCUCUGAUCAAAGCAUGGAAAGCUGACAAAGCGGGAAACAUUGUUUUUAGGAAAACGGCAAGAAACUUCAACCAACCCAUGUGCAAGGCAGCCAAAACCACAAUUGUUGAGGUGGAGGAGGUGGUAGAUGUCGGGACAUUUGCUGCAGAAGACAUACACAUACCCAGUAUCUACGUCCACAGGAUUGUUCAGGGAGCCAGCUAUGAGAAAAGAAUUGAGAAACGCACUGUGAGAAAAGGCCAAGAAGAAAAGCCCAAACCAAAGAAGGAUUCAGACAUUGUUCGGGAAAGGAUCAUUCGCAGGGCAGCACUGGAGUUUGAAGAUGGCAUGUAUGCCAACCUUGGUAUUGGUAUCCCCAUGCUGGCCAGCAACUUCAUCAAACCAGACAUCACUGUACACCUCCAAAGUGAAAACGGACUCUUGGGACUGGGGCCCUACCCCACUGAGAAUGAAGUGGAUGCAGACCUUAUUAAUGCUGGGAAGGAGACUGUCACUGUACUCCCGGGGGCUGCCUAUUUUUCCAGUGAUGAGUCAUUUGCCAUGAUCCGAGGGGGUCACAUCAACCUGACAAUGCUGGGAGCCAUGCAGGUGUCAAAAUAUGGAGAUCUAGCCAACUGGAUGAUUCCUGGCAAAAUGGUGAAAGGGAUGGGAGGAGCCAUGGAUCUAGUAGCUAGUGCUGGAACUAAGGUGGUGGUCACGAUGGAGCACUCGGCAAAGGGAGGAAAACACAAGAUAAUGGAGAAAUGCGUCCUGCCAUUGACAGGGAAGCAGUGCGUGGAUCGAAUCAUUACAGAAAAGGCUGUGUUUGAUGUGGAUAAGACAAAAGGUCUGACUCUGAUUGAAAUAUGGGAGGGACUGAAUCCUGAGGACAUCAAGGCAUGUACCGGCACAGAUUUUGAGGUGUCUUCCAACCUGAGGCCUAUGCAGCAGAUUUAAAAGCGUUUCCAGGUGUUUGGAUGUUUUUUGGCUUGUUAGUUACUCUGUGCUAAGAAACUGCCAAUAACAGAGGACGCUCUGUGUCAAAUAAGGUUACAAAACAUAUAUCUGGUUCAGUUAUCUGGCAGUGAGUGUUCAAAUAUCAGGAAUUACUCAGCAUCACUGACCAAGGAGUAGGACUCAACUGGAGUCAUUGUGCAUGAUUCUUAUGGUGUGAUGUGGAUAUUUCACUGUUGGGGUAAUAAUUACAUGUGUGCAGCUGUAACCAAAAUGUUCCUUUAAAAUGUUCUUGAAAUAAUUUGUAAGAAGAAACAACCAUUACUACCUUUUAACAAUUAAAUUCAGUUACACAUACUGUAAGAUUAAAACCUGAUUGUACCGUAAAAAUAUAAAAAAAUGCAAUACAAAACGGUUUCAGAUUGUAUGAUUGUAGAUCUGCAAAGUUGUCUAUUAUGGAUAUAAGUAUGUGUCACCAGAAUUUGAAUUAAAAAUGCCCCUGAAAUUUUAA